AUGGAGCUCUGGAACUCCACCCUGGGAAGCGGCUUCAUCUUGGUGGGCAUUCUGAAUGACAGCAGAUUUCCUGAACUGCUCUGUGCCACAAUGACAGUGCUGUACACACUGUCUCUGACCAGCAAUGGGCUGCUGCUCCUGCUCAUCACAAUGGAUGUGAAGCUCCACGUGCCCAUGUACCUCCUGCUUAGACAGCUCUCUCUCAUUGACCUUCUCCUCACAUCAGUUAUAGCCCCCAAGGCCAUCAUGGACUUUCUGCAUGGAGAUAACUCCAUCUCCUUUGCUGGCUGUGCUCUUCAGAUGUUCCUGGAACUGAUUUUGGGUGGGGCAGAAGACCUGCUGCUAGCUUUUAUGGCCUAUGAUAGGUAUGUGGCUAUUUGUCAUCCUCUGAACUAUAUGGUCUUCAUGAGACCAAGAAUUCUUUGGUUCAUGGUGAGCAUAUCAUGGAUCCUGGCAUCUCUGAGUGCCCUUGUAUAUACCAGUUACACUAUGCAUUAUCCCUUCUGCAAAGGCCAAAUGAUUAAACAUCUGUUCUGUGAGAUCCCACCUCUGCUGAAGUUGGCCUGUGCAGAUACCUCUAGAUAUGAGCUCAUGGUUUAUGUGAUGGGUGUGAUCUUUCUGAUUCCCCCACUUUCUGCCAUUCUGGUGUCCUACACACUAAUUCUUUUUACUAUACUCCAUAUGCCCUCAAAUGAGGGAAGAAAGAAAGCCCUUGUUACCUGCUCUUCUCAUCUGGCUGUAGUUGGGAUGUAUUAUGGGCCUGCGACAUUCGUGUAUGUCCUGCCCAGUUCUUUCCAUACUUCCAAACAGGACAACAUCCUCUCCUUCUUCUACACAAUUGUCACCCCAGCCCUGAAUCCCCUCAUCUACAGCUUGAGAAAUAAGGAGGUCAUGGGGGCCUUGAAGAGAGUCCUUGGAAAAUAUAUACAGCCAUCACACCCUAACAUUUAG